UUUCAGACCAUGCUGAAGUCUAAAUUGAAUGUCCUCACACUGAAAAAGGAACCUCUCCCAGCAGUCAUCUUCCAUGAGCCAGAGGCCAUCGAACUGUGCACCACCACACCACUGAUGAAGACAAGGACUCACAGUGGCUGCAAGGUCACCUAUCUGGGGAAAGUAUCUACCACGGGCAUGCAGUUUUUGUCGGGGUGCACAGAGAAGCCAGUCAUUGAGCUCUGGAAGAAGCACACACUUGCUCGAGAGGACGUCUUUCCAGCUAAUGCUCUUUUGGAAAUCCGCCCAUUUCAAGUGUGGCUGCAUCACCUUGACCACAAGGGUGAGGCCACAGUCCACAUGGAUACCUUUCAGGUGGCCCGCAUUGCCUACUGCACAGCUGACCACAACGUGAGCCCCAACAUCUUUGCCUGGGUUUACAGGGAGAUCAAUGAUGACCUGUCCUACCAGAUGGACUGCCAUGCUGUGGAGUGCGAGAGCAAGCUCGAGGCCAAGAAGCUGGCCCAUGCUAUGAUGGAGGCCUUCAAGAAGACUUUCCACAGUAUGAAGAGUGAUGGGCGGAUCCACAGGAACAGCUCAUCUGAAGAGGUUUCCCAGGAAUUGGAAUCUGAUGAUGGCUGAAUGAAUUUGAGAUGUUCCAGCAAAGGCAGCAACGGUCAAGUUCCAGAUAAUAGAUGAAUACACAAUGAUUCAAAUUUGGGAUGAAAAGACUGCCAAACUAUUGGCUGAUCAUGCUUCUUAAAUUCAGAAGAGCAAUUCUAAAUCUAAAGAAAUGUAUCAUUAAAGUAAUUACGUGACAUUGAAAUCUGCUGCUGCUGUGACUGUGAGGAGGGUGGGAGUGCGGAUGGGGAAGAAGGCUGUAGACUCUCAUCUUGUUCUUUUGUCUCAUAUUCCAACACCUUCUUGUGGGAGAGCUCCAUGCCAGUUUUCACCCCUCUCAGGCAUGUACUCUGUGGGUAUAAUUUGAGGGACCAUUUCAAUCUGCCUUAUGAAAUCCAACACAAAUGUCUGAGGCACCUGUGGGAUCCCUAGGAGGGUGGCUGGUGCAGUGCCGAUGCUGGGGUGGAGGCCACAGUGUGGAAGGAACACUUCAGGGUGACAAGAGCUGCUCUCCCAUGGCAUGUUGUAGACUCCCUCGGUAUGCAAAUCAGCACGGCCUUUAUUGAGCUUUACAACUAACAACCUGAUAGUUGGCAGUUAGAUAGCAGUUAAAGAUAAUGCUUUUAUUUACAUGAAUAUAUCAAGUAGUACCCUCUUAUUGUAUUCACUUCAUCUAUUUUCUUAGAAUACUUGCAACUACUAAUGAUCUCUUCCCUCCUCCUGCACCAUCCAGUCUCUUUCCCCUUCCAGUUACCCAAGAGAUAUGGAUUCACACCACUGGACACCAAAAGGGAAGAACAUAACCAAGCAAAUGAAAUAAACAAUAAACAAACCAACCAGGACUUUCAAACAACAAAAACCCCAGAAAAAGGGAAUGAGAAACAAACUGUAUGGAGGUUGUCCUUUUUUCCAGCCCUAAUUUUUGGUAACUUACUUGGUUGAUGGUCCUGUUGGAUGACCCCUCCAUAGUGAACUUCAGAUGCCAAGGAGUCCUUGCCCCCAUCACUCAGCACUGCACUCAAAUAGGGAAUGAAUUAGAUACACUCGGCUUAUCUAGAAAACCCAUGCCCAUCUUAACCUAAAGGGAACUCUUGUUACCUUAAAGUUGGUGACAUCUUAGAGUUAUUAGUGUUCAUUGUUUCUAAUGAGAAGUUCUCACUAAGAUAGCCUGAGAUUUUUCAGUUUCACAAAUCUUUAAAGACCAUUGAGUCAACAUGGAAUGAAAUUCAAAUUAUUUCAGGCUGAGAGCAAAUGAUUACUCUAUAAGUUUCUUUUUGUUCUUGGUAAUAUUAGGGGCACUGAGGCACCUUAGAAGCCUUAAAUGAGAGCUAAUCUAAUGCAGAGAGUAAUGGUGUCAGUAUUUUGGUCUGUGUACCUGUGUGUCCAUGUAUGCAUUUGUGUGUGUGUCUGUAUGUCCCCCAUAUGUGGGUCCAGUUUUCAGGCAUGUACAAUAAGCAUGGAGUCAUACUGAGGAGGACUCAUCUCCUGAAGAUGUGCUUGUUGCUUUAUGACAUAUGUAAACUAUUCUUUAGCAUAAAUGCUUUCACUCCUUAAUAAAAAUAUG